AUUGCAUAGCAACACCAAUGAGAGGCGUCCUAACUGAGUAGUUGCGAUUGUGUCGUAAAGAAAAUGUUUUGGUGAAGCUCUGUGACCACUGGUGUCCUCUACGCUUAACUGCAUUUACCCAGUUUAUACAUUCCCAUAGUUAUAAUUUCCUCUGCGAACCACCACAAUCCGAAGUCAUGGCAGGUACUUUGGCACGUAAAGCUGUUGACCACCUUAAAAGCAAGGAGUUCAGAGACUAUUUGAUGAGCACACACUUCUGGGGACCUGUGGCCAACUGGGGUCUGCCCAUUGCAGCCAUCAGUGACAUGAAGAAAAGCCCCGAGAUUAUCAGUGGCAGAAUGACCUUUGCUUUGACCUGCUACUCCCUCCUGUUUAUGAGGUUUGCAUACAAAGUUCAGCCAAGGAAUUGGCUCCUCUUUGGUUGCCAUCUAACCAAUGAGACCGCCCAGCUCAUUCAAGGAUCACGACUUAUCAAAUACAACAUGGAGAAGAAGUCUUCUUAGUGAUGGACAAAUGCAGAAUAUAUAGUAGUUUCAUUAGGAAAUCGGCAUAGUUUGACCCUAUGGUUUUCGGGUGUAUGACCAUGUUUAUCUCAUUGCAUACCUAUGUAAAACUCUUAACUUAAAUAAUGUUAAUUUAGAUUAAACUGCUGUUGACGAUCACCAUGCCUGUUUCUUCCGGUAUAUAAGGUCAAUUAAUAGAUUUGUUUUGCCUAAUGUUUUUUACGCACAAACUAAUUAAAUGGAAUGGAAUCUAGUGAGGCCCUGUUACAGAUGGGAUUCUUUUAAAGAGAUGGUCUAUAACACAAAUAUUUACUAUUUAUGUCCUUAUUUUAAUAAAUGUGUUAGCAAUACCAAUAACACAAUCUUUAUCAAAAUGUACAGGCAAUAAAAGUUGUACUCUG